AUGAGGGAGAUCGUGUACAUACAGGCAGGCCACUGUGGCAGCCAGAUUGGAGGAAGAGGAUGGUUUUUGGGAAAUCUAAGCGAUGAGCACAACAUUGACGGCCCUGGCAACUACUAUGGAGAAAGUAGCGUACAGCUGCAGAGAGUCGAGGUGUAUUACAAUGAGGCAGCUGCCAACAAAUAUGUUCCUCGGGCCAUCAUGGGGGACCUAGAGGCAGGUACCUUAGACUCAGUAAGAUCGGAACCAUAG